AUGAACUGCAAAAAAGAUACCUGCGUAAAAUUGAAAGUAAAAGGUAAUAGUAGAAAAAUGUUUGAAUCUUGGUAUUUAUAUUUAGAUAAUCAUAAGAAAGGUUUGUUUUAUCUUAAUAUGAAUGACAGUGAUACUAAUGAUGGUGGUUGUGAGGACUUGGUACACAUAUAUAAGAUGAAAAAGAAUGAGUUGUGUAGACAUGUCAUAAGUUUAAGUUCAGAAGAGUAUGCUAUUAAAAAAGAAGAAGAAGCUAAGAAUAAUUACAUAAAUAUAGAAGAGGAUGUAUAUUAUAAUAGUGACAUUGAACAAUAUGUUGAUGAUAGAAAAGGUAAUAGUGUUGAUUUAUUAAGUUCUCCAUAUAUUUAUGAUCGUAAUAUAAAAAAUAGUAUAUGUAAAUGUUUUUGUUUUGAAAUGAAUAAAUCGUUUAAUAGUUUAAUGUAUUUAGAUAAUCACUUAUCCUAUUUCUAUGGAAAUAAAAAAGAAGAGAUGGGAAAAUUUUUACAAGAGUAUAAUAAGAAAAGAUUUGAAGAUGUUUGUAAUAGAGGUCUCUUAAAUAAUUUUAAAUCUGAUAUUUAUGAAAUAGGUAUAUAUGAAGAGAAUAUUGUUUCUUUUAAAUUAUUGGAUUGUCAAAAUCGUCAUCUUAUAAAAAAUACAUAUUAUAUGAAUGCUGAUUUAAUAUUUAAUGAAAUACACAACUUGUUAAAUAAAAUGUAUCCACUCAAACAUAUUAUGAAUAAUCAUCAUCUUGUAAAAAAAUAUCAGAAGAAAGUACCUGAACACUUGAAAAUGGAAAAGGCCUUAAAAUUUGGUAUUGUACUUGAUUUUGAUUAUGUGAGAGAAAAUUUUGAAAAUAAUUUAAAAAAAACCAUGACGUUAUUAGAUUUCUUAAUUAUUCUUGAUAAAAUAUGGGAGAUCUUUAGACAGAAUUGUGUAAUAAUGUUUCUUCAUGUAUGUAUUUUCAAGGAUAAUGAUACAAAUAAGGAUAUUAAUAAUCAUAGAAAACGAUAUUCCUAUAUCUAUGAAGAUUUAAAAAAUACUCUUCAUUUAUUAAAACAGAAAGGUAUUCCUGUUGUUAUGAGAAUAAAUCCAUUUCAAUCUUUUCGUUUAUUUAAUCAUAAUGAAUUUUCUAAUCCUUUUAUACAAGAUGUAAAUGAUUUGUAUAUGAAUGAACAAGUUGAUCAUAUUAUAUUAGUAACAAAUGAUUCGGAUGUAAUAUCUUAUAGUUAUAAUUUCGACCAUACCAUCAUUUAUUGUAUUAAAGAUAAAUAUAAAAAUGCUACAAGUGUUCAUAAUAUAAACACAGAUAUAACUGUUGAUACCAUAACACAUCCUGAAACAACAAACAACAUAUCUAAUCAUUAUAAAAAUCAUAACACUAUUAUGUUUAAAAAACCUGUAAUUCUUAUCUGUUCUUUGAAUAAUUUGCCCUUAAAAAAUAAUAAAAUACAUGAUGAUAUAAUUCUUGACGACUUCUGUUAUAUGACCUACAUUAUUAGAACUUUGUAUUUUCGCUUUCAAUCUAGAAGUAUACGCAACAUGCUCAAAAGUAACCUCAACAAUACUACAAAUUUUGUAAUUAAUCGGAUUACUCAAAUGAAUAACGCAAACCGCCUCAUCAAAAGCAAAAUUAAUGUCCUUUUAUUAGAUGAUAUUAUUUAUAAAAUUAAGCCCAGAAAGGAAAACAAAAAUGUUAGCAUUCAUCAUCUUCUACAAAAGACUUAUUCUCCAUUCUAUUAUCCAAUUCAUUACUAUAUAAAAGAAAAAUGUACAUAUAAAUGA